CUUUUCAUGUCACAUGACGCAUAAAAGGCAGCGCGCCAGUGCGAAGAAGCCAAUAGUGUGAACAUGAGCGCAAAGAUCGUCUUCUUCGAGGAGAGAAACUUCAAGGGCCGCUCGUAUGAGUGCAUCGGCGACUGCUCAGAGAUCGCCUCUCACCUGAGCCAAUGCAGCUCCUGCAGGGUGGAGGGCGGGAGGUUCAUGGUCUACGACCAGCCCAACUUCACAGGGCAGCAGUACCUCCUGACCAGGGGCGAGUACCCCGAGUAUCAGAACAGCAUCGGCUUCAAUGACUGCAUUCAGUCCUGCCGCAUUGUCCCUCUGCACAAGGGACCGUUUAAGAUGAUGAUCUACGAGAAAGCAAACUUUGAAGGCAAGAUGCACGAACUGAAUGACGACUGCGACUCCAUCCAGGAUAACUACCAGAUGUCCGACAUGCAGUCGUGCAACGUGGUGCAGGGCUACUGGCUGAUGUUCGAGCAGUCAAACUACGAGGGAAGGAUGUUUUAUCUGAAGCCAGGAGAGUACAGGAACCUCAGAGAAUUCAGCAGCGACGGCAUGAGAUUCCGUUCAAUCAGACGCAUCGUAGAAUCUUAAGUGACUUUUACUUAGCUGAUGAGUUUUUGGAUGCCUUGUUCCAUCGAUGACGUGUAAAAAUCAAAAGUGGAGGGGAAAGGGUUUUUAUCCUGAAACUGUGAUUUAUGGAUUGUUUGCAUGUAGUUCCAGUUGUACCGUACAAUUCACUGUAAAUUUAUCUCUUUUACUGUGUGAUGCACGCAAUAAAUUGACUGGCUGCA